UCCGUAGCAACCGGCAUAGCAACGCAACUGCGAGUAAAGAUGGCGGCGCCUAGUAUCUACAAUGGUGCGUUCGGCGCGUUUAAGUACAACUAUAGCCGGCAUGGGGUCAGCGGGGCGCCCGAUAAGACGGUGUGGGUGACCAGGGCGUACGACCCGAACGAUCUGAGGAGUAAGUCAGUGCCUUCCAUGCCCGUUCCCCGGCACAAGCCCCUGCAACUGGACCGUCUACCCGGGGCACCUCCGUACUGGGUCCAGCCUAGCGAGGUGUCACUACGAAAGGUGACGCGGGCUACCGAAGAAACCGCCCCAUACGUCUCCACCACGAGUACCCGGUGCGAGGAAUGGUCGACCCUGAGACAAAUGCUGCCGUCCCGGGGCAGACCCCUCCGUAACGGCCCUCCUGAUUGGGGCACCGCCAUGGCCGACCCGCCCAACAUGACGUCAUCUCAGCAGAGACGAUUCCCAAUCAUCAACAGUUCAAUGACAAGAUUUGCAGACGACAUGUUUCUCACCAACCGCCUGUUCAAGCUUCAUUAACCAGAGUGCCUUGCGAAAGACGAUUUAACAUACUGGAAAUACCGCUCCUGCUGCUAUAUAAUACAUUUGUAUCGAUAUCAUAAGACCUCCACAUUAAAAAAAAGCAAAUACUAUAGACACAUUGUCAAAAAUAUCUGACACAGCUUUGAAGUGUGCAUACCUAUAGAAUAUUAAUGUUGCAUUAGUCAAUCCUUUAAUUAGAUCUUUAUAUGUGGUGGUUGACGAAUUAGACGCCGAAUUUUAUUUCACUUUUGUGCAUUGCUAACCAGUUAGCGAUCAUCACGUGUAAAUUAUGAAUAAUAUGUUGAUGUGUUCAUGCUGUGUAAAAUCAUUUGAGGUUUGGCAGUAAUAAAAAUAAACCUAUACGAUAUCAA